UUUAGAAAAAUAAAAUAAAAAUAUUAGAUUAACAUAAAUAAGUCAAAAUAAGUUUGAAUAACAACACAAAUGUUUUUGUUCACUAUUUGAAUAAUGAUUGAUCAAUCGCCGUGUUAAGUAUUGUUUUUUAAGGAUACACUGCCCACCCGUGGCCGUCUUUUGUCAUUGCAGCCUGGCAGAGACGCCGGCUCGUUACCAUGGCAACAAACCAAACUAAACUGCAAUUGCUUGAGUAGUGCGCGAGUCCUCUUACGAAACAAACACGAUUAUAAAGGAUAUCUUUCAGAUCAAAAUCAAUGUCUACUGGACCAGCGAAGGUUUUACAAAAUGAGGUGCUGAAAGACACAGGCAAUGUUGCUCUUCAACCCAAAACAAAUCCUACUCGUGAAGAUCUUAAUGGAGAUGUUGAAGACAUCAAAAGUGACGCCAUGCUCCUCUUGCAGGAGCUGGAAGAGGAGAACCACAAAGUGAGCCGACGCAACAUGGAGGUGCAAGCACAGCUGGCCAUCCACUUGAGGAGGACGACCCCCCAUGAACAAGACCCCGAGCCGGACAUGAAAGAGUACCACGAGUGCCUGGAGCGCCUGACGGAGCUGAGGAAGCAGAGGGCUUCACAGAUGGGGAGAGCUCGACAAAAGGAAGAGGAACUGAGACUUAACAACCAAAAGGCGCUCAAUGAGGUGGAAAAUGAAUGGCGAUUCCUGGUUGGUUUGAAGAGGAAGCUAGCCGUCUCGCUACUGAGAGAACAUUUGUCUCCAGGAGCUGUCCGAGCCAAGGUGGACGCCGCGCUGGGGUCCGAGCAACUCCGUCGCCAAGAGCUGAGGAAGCUGCGUCUAAUCCACGCUGGAGUGGAGAGCAGGGUGGUCCGUCUAGAGGCCAAGCUCGUCGAGGAGGAAGAGGAGGAGGGGCGGGACCUCUUGCAACGGCAAUUUAAGCACCUGCUGGCCCAAAGGAUGCAGCAGAGGAAAGCGGACGAGCGUAGGAGUCAAGAGGCCUCCAAGCUCCAGAGGAACAUCAAGCGUACAUUAGAGUUGCUGUGCAACAUAAAGGAGAAGCUGCACUGGAGUCAAACAGAGGUGCAGACCAAGCGGGAGCAGCUGGCCCAGCUGGAGGUUGAGAUAACCUCCAGGAGGGACUUGCUGUACCGGACUAAGCGGGCCGGCAGCGGCCUACAGAGGGAAAAUGUGGAGCUGAAGCAGACGCGAGGACUGCUAGGGAACGCCCUCCUCUUGUGGGACUUUGGGGUCACCAUGGGCGAUGCCCAACGACUGGAGGACAAACUGGAGAAGCUCAAACGUCGGCGGGAAGAAAUUGCUUCAGCAUAGUUCUGUUUUAAGCAGUGGAUUUUUAGUUUAAUUCAUGCCUUGACCAGACUUCAGACUCAUCAGAGAUGCUGAUUAUUAAUCAUAUAUGAAAAGUUCUCAAAACUUCUUCCUACUCCUCUUCGAGCUGUCCUAAUUGUUGUUGUAUAAGUUAUUUACGACUUGCUUGGGACAUUUUGUUAUUGUCCUGUUUUCUUUUUCCUUUUAUAUUUUACUGAUAUAUUUUUCUGUUUUUAAACUCGAAAUAAAAUUGAUCAAUAUUAA